AGAGUCCUGCAGCAAACGUUUUCUUGGUCAAAGCGGUAAUCCAUCACCCUGCGACGACCCAAAGUCUUUCUUUCGGCAAUACCUAUCUAGAUCGCCGGCUCAAGUCUAGCUCGGCUGAUCUUCUCAUCACCAUGGCCGACGGGGCAGAGGUCAAACCUUACAAAGUCUGGCACUAUGGGUAUCAUCCGCGUACGCUACCUUGUACUGCUGACCAGGCCAACUGCGAUUAUCUCGACGCCCUCUGGGAGGCCAACGACCUAGGCAUGGUCUAUUCCGGCAUUCUCUGGCUCAUUGUUGGCGCAGUCCUUCUGAUCAUUGCUGUGGGAAGACGCUCACUUGUCUCACGUCGCACCAGACCCUUCAUUUUCUCGUCUACAUCCAACAAAGCUGAAAGCGAGUCCGCACCUCUCACAGGGACGCAGCUUCCGAGCUCAACGUCGCCGGCAAUCGUAUCUCGUCCUCUUCGUGCCGCAGCUGCCACUGCUCGUUCUUACCUUCUCCCUGAUUCAAUCCGCUUCGUUUUUGGACGCACCACGAGACUACAAGUCCUUAUCCUCACGAUUUUGGUUAUUUACUUGACCAUUUUCUCAUUUGUGGGGAUGACAUACGCUCUUUGGAUUUCCCCCGUUAAGGACCAUCCUGGUGUCUACAAGGAACAGAACACUGCUGGAAUCUGGUCCAACCGCAUUGGUAUUCUUGCGUACGCUAUCACUCCCUUUUCCGUACUUCUUGCCAGUAGGGAAUCCAUCCUGUCAAUUCUUACAGGCGUCCCAUAUCAGGCUUUCAACUUUCUGCACCGCUGGGUCGGCUACAUCAUCCUGCUUCAGAGCGUGCUCCACGCCAUCGUGUGGUGCGUCAUCUGUAUCGGGCUCUAUGGCCCACAGCCAGAGUAUGCAGUCAACUGGGUAACGAAGGAGUACAUGGUCCUUGGUUUCAUGAUCGUGCGCAUGACCCUUCUUCAUCACCAAUACGUCGGCGGCGAUUGGGGCUUCCACCCGGCUCAGGCUCGGUUGACACUGUUUCCAGACACAGACCACGGCGAUGUCGCGCGCCUAGACUUUACCUUCAAUCAGUCGCCUUGGCAUGUCGGGCAGCACUUUUAUUUGUGCUUUCCCGACAGCAGCGUAUGGCAGUCGCACCCUUUCACGCCGCUUUCUCUGCCUGUUGUGGGAAAGGAAGGCUUCGUCAAGCACUCCUACGUUUUCCGCGCGAAAGGCGGCGAGACGAAAAAGAUUGCCGAGCUUGCGGCUCGUAGGCUUGCCGAGACGCAAAACGCAGGUUCUUCUCCGUUGCCUACGACGCCAGUAAUCCUACAAGGGCCCUAUGGCGAACAUUCCACUCGCGGAAUAGAUGGAGGUGUCAAUGUUCUGGCUAUUGCAGGUGGUACAGGCAUCACGUAUGUGCUGCCAGUCAUUCUUGAAACGCUCCAGUCCCAAGUCGAUUCAGCGUCGGCAAGCGACCGCACUGAUCGCGCAAUUCAACUCGUCUGGAUGGUCCGCCACCGCGACGACGCUCGCUGGAUAGAGGCUGAGCUUGAAUUUAUCAAGGCUUCGGCCGGAAAACACAACAUCCAGGUGACGAUCUUCGUCACCCGCGAGCAGGAGGAAUCUGGCAAGGACAACAACACUAGUGCCAAUGAGAAGCUUUCCAGCGAUCAAAAAAGCCGCCAAGUAACGGAUUCAAGCUCAUCUGCAUCCUUGCCUGAUACAAACGGCAUAUCUCUCAGGGAUAUUGUCACUUAUAGGAAUCCAGCGGGCUCAAAUGACAGUGUUCGCCGGCAUCCCGACGUCGGCACCCUCGUCCAAAACUUUGUAGGAGAGACAGUGCAGGGUCCUACGGUGGUCUUCGCGAGUGGACCAGGUGCUAUGAUUAGUGAACUUCGCAAAUCUGUAGCCUCUUUAAACUCUGGGAAGCAGGUGUGGCAUGGAAAUGAGCGUUGGGACGUCGAGCUGAGAGAAGACAAUAGGUUGGAUUGGUGA